AUGCGCAAUUUUCUCUUUAUUAUUGCUAUUCUGGCAGCAACAGUCACGUACCAAGCUGGUCUGAACCCUCCAGGAGGCAUUUGGUCUGAUGGGAACAGUAAAGGUGGCAAACCAGGCAAUCCAGUCCUUCGAGACAGCCACCCAAAGCGCUAUGAGGUUUUCUACUACUCGAAUGCUGUCUCAUUUGUGUCUUCUGUGGCUGUCAUCGUACUUCUUGUUAACAGGGAAUCAUGUGAGCAUGGAAUCAAGUCCUAUGCACUGCAUGUGUGCUUGGUAGCUGAUUUGGUUGGCCUCCUGAUCACUUAUUCUGCAGGAAGCUGCAGGAAAGCAAAGCCGGUAAUCUAUCUCAUUGUCAUAGCUUCUGCAGUUCUGCUAUGUCUUGCGAUCCAAGUCCUUGUACUCUCAUCAACACAAGAUGCAUUAGAAGGGCCAGUGACCUGGUUAAGGAGAUGGUUGCUGAAGAUUUUUCAUCUAGAGACUGACUCUGAGAGAUUGCCAGGAAGCUCAGAUGGGACAAACAAUGAAAGUAAUACUCCAGGGUCAGUCCCCCAAAUCAACGAGAAGAAGGAAAGGAAGAGACAGAAGUACUUGAUGAUGCUCGCAGUUCUUUCUGCGUCCAUUGCAUACCAAGCUGGUCUAAAUCCACCUGGUGGCUUCUGGCCUGAUGACAGCACCAAGAAUGGUUACAAGGCUGGCAACCCAGUACUUAAGGACAUACACUCCUGGCGCUACAUGGUGUUCUUUGUUUUCAAUUCCAUCUCUUUCAUGGCAGCUAUUGCUGUAGUCAUGCUUCUGCUGAGUAAAUCUGUGAGAAAGAAGAAGGUUCCGCUCCAAGCAUUGCACUUCAUCAUGAUACUGGACCUGUUGGCUCUGAUGACUGCUUAUGCAGCUGGAAGUUGCAGAAAGUUCAGGACUUCAAUAUUUGUCCUCGUGGUGGUAUUUUGUGUGGUGCUAUACCUUAUGAUUGUUAUUAUUUUGUCAAGUGGUAUAGCAGGAUGGCUGAGAAAAAAAGGAAAUGAAGAUGACCUAGCCAUGUAA